UAAGUUGAUUCAAACUAAACCCGCCAAUCAAGAGCGAUAGGGGGAUGUAAGACUUGGGGGGGAAACAACAGCAAUUUUAAUGAUUUGAGGGACUAAUUUUAAAAUAUCGAAGAUAUAGGAGGCUAGUACUGCAAAAUCCCUAUUCAUAACAGCUUAUAUAUAACGAGCUUUAGGGUUGACACUUUCACUUCUCAAGCCAUUAAUUUUGCAAGUGAGUGCCACUACAUAGAAAUCUCACACAAUUGUACUAGAAAGAGUGAACCCUUGGCCUCACACAAAUGGUAGUCAUCACCAUUGAGAAUCCAUGGAUCUUUGGAGUUGGUUUGUUAGGAAACUUAACAUCUUUUCUAGUUGUUAUGUCACCAGUGCCAACGUUUUAUAGGAUAUAUAAGAAGAAAUCAACCGAAUCGUUUCAAUCGAUUCCGUAUGCGGUUGCUGUGUUCAGCGCAACACUAUGGUUGUAUUAUGCAGUGCUCACAAGGGAUGUGUUGCUACUUACCAUCAACACUGCAACUCUCUUCAUAGAGGCUGCCUACUUGGCAAUUUAUCUCAUUUAUGCACCUGGGAAAGCCCAGGCUUUCACCCUGAAGUUGAUUUUUCUACUCAAUGUGGGACUAUACGGAUCCAUGAUACUUCUCACACUACUAUUUCUAAAGGGAAAACGACGAGUUGCUUUGGUUGGAGGAAUUUGUGCUGCAUUUGCUGUCAGUGUGUUUGUAGCUCCUCUGAGUAUCAUAAAACUAGUAAUCAGAACAAAAAGUGUCGAGUACAUGCCAUUUUCAUUGUCCUUCUUCCUCACCCUCAGUGCCCUUGCUUGGUUUUGCUAUGGUUUGCUCCUCAAGGAUUUCUUCGUUGCAUUUCCAAAUGUAAUGGGUUUCUUGUUUGGAAUGGCACAAAUGAUUCUCUACUUCAUCUACAUGAACAAAAACAAGGAUGAGCCUGUACCAAAUCUUACUGAGGUUGUCCAUGUGCAUCCAACAAGGAAUUCAGAGAUUGAAGUGAUCCACAAUAACGAGAAGGAAGCUGCAAGACCUGAAACAUAGUAAAAAUAAAGAUAAAAGUUACAGUUUCUAAUUCUGCUAGAAUUUAUGAUUAUCUCCAAUAUAGACACAACAUUCAACAUAUUGUAACAGUUUUAGUGAAAUAAGAAAAUAAUUGCAUACAUGAGUUUGCAUGUAACAAUAAACUAUGUAUUUCUCGGAUAUGAAAUAAAGAUGUGAGAGAAUACGUCCCUA